ACAGAAAUUUCAUCAUCGCAAAUGCACAGGUUGAACACAAGCCAAUCAUAUUCUGCAAUGAUGGCUUCUGUGAGCUUACAGGCUUCUCCAGAGCAGAAGUCAUGCAAAAAUCAAGUGGUUGUGAAUUUUUGCAUGGGACACUUACAACACCGUGGUCAAUACGGCAGGUUAAAGAGGCCUUAAGUGGGUCAGAAGAAAAGCAGAUUGAGAUUCUGUACUAUAAGAAGGAUGGAGAUCUCAACGAAGUGCAUGUUUACACUGAUGAUGGUAGUAGCAGUGAACCUCGAGAUACAGACCCACGAUCCAAGUUUCUAUGCAGCGUUCUGGUGGCGCCCGUUAAGAAUGAAACCGGGGAUGUUAUUAUGCUUAUCCUCAACUAUGAGGACAUAACAGAUGCGCCACUGAGGAGUGAGGUCCCAACAUUAGACACGGACCAGAAGAAUGGAAGGCGAAAUUUUUUUCAAAGACAUAGGUGGCGCUUUAAAUUCCCCCUUCCUGGACGCUCCCCAAGAAGAGCUCAAGAUGACGAGCCCACAGACAUUGAGAACCAACUGGAGGCUGAAAGCGUCCCCUUGAAUCAAAUUUCAGACAGCCGUUCAGACGGACCUCACGGUAACAGAUACCAUUUAACAGGUCUCAGUUUAUCAAAAGACAGCAAUUUAAACGAGAAGAAUGACGGUCUCGGAACCUCAGGGCACAGGCGUGCGGCAUCACUGGAGAUUGUUGAUGCCUCGUCGAAACUUUCUUUAUCCAAACAUGCAAAAAAGGCAGCAACAAUAAGUGCUGGUAGUCUUGAUGACCUUAACCUAGGAAGAUUUCUCGCUGUACCCAGUCAUGUGUUUGACUCUCACCUCAGAGCACGAUCAAAUACAUUUGACGCUUCAACAGGAAAUCACUUAAAAGAGAGCCUCCUAAAUGCUGCGUCAAGCGACUCCGCCCUUGCACAGGUCAAAGCCAAAGCUUUCGCCAACAGUGUCAGUAGUAUCGCCAACGAGGCCAAGAAACACCAUGAGAAAGAAAGCAUUAAAUCAUCAGGAAUUUUCACUACUGGUCUUCACAGUGUCAAGCACAAUAUGUCAGAAAAGGUUGCACAGGUAUUGUCACUUGGUGCAGAUGUGCUACCUGAGUAUAAAUUGCAGUCUCCAAAGGUGCAUCCCUGCACUAUUCUUCAUUACUCGCCAUUCAAGGCCGUAUGGGAUUGGCUGAUUUUAAUCCUUGUGAUAUAUACGGCGAUUUUCACGCCCUACGUUGCUGCCUUCAUGUUGAGCGAAAACAAUCCAGCAAAGAAAGAAAAGGUCACAAGUCCGAAACUUAUGGACCCACUCAAUGUAAUUGAACUUAUGGUGGAUGUGAUGUUUAUUAUUGACAUUUUGAUCAACUUUCGGACUACGUAUGUGAAUAAGAAUGAUGAAGUAGUGAGUCAUCCAGGCAAGAUCGCAGUUCAUUAUUUCAAAGGAUGGUUCCUAAUUGAUGUUGUGGCAGCCAUUCCAUUUGACCUCCUUUUAUUUGGGUCAAACUCGGAUGAGGACUCUAAGACCACGACUCUAAUUGGACUAUUGAAAACUGCCCGUCUCCUGCGUUUGGUGCGUGUGGCAAGAAAACUUGAUCGGUACUCCGAAUACGGUGCUGCAGUUCUGUUAUUGCUCAUGGCAAUAUUUGCGCUCAUAGCCCAUUGGUUGGCGUGUAUAUGGUAUGCCAUUGGGAAUAUGGAGAGGGGUGGACUGAAAGAAAAAAUUGGUUGGCUUGAUGAAUUGGCCAAACAAACUCACCAGUAUUAUACGAAUGAGACAGGAAGUGGACCUUCGAGUAAAUCAAAAUAUAUCACUGCCCUCUAUUUCACAUUCAGCAGUCUUACAAGUGUUGGUUUUGGAAAUGUAUCGCCUAACACAAAUUCGGAGAAAAUUUUCUCAAUAUGUGUGAUGCUUAUAGGAUCUCUCAUGUAUGCCAGUAUCUUCGGUAAUGUCUCUGCCAUCAUCCAGCGGCUGUAUUCUGGCACAGCGCGAUACCACACCCAAAUGCUCAGAAUCAAAGAAUUUAUACGAUUUCACCAAAUUCCAAAUCCUCUCCGGCAGCGGUUAGAAGAAUAUUUUCAGCAUGCCUGGUCUUAUACAAAUGGAAUAGACAUGAAUAUGGUUCUCAAGGGCUUUCCAGAAUGCCUCCAAGCAGACAUAUGCCUCCAUCUUAAUAGGAAUCUACUCAAUAAUUGUCCGGCAUUCAAAGACUCUAGUCCGGGGUGCCUACGAGCUCUGUCCAUGAGGUUCAAGACCACUCACGUCCCCCCUGGGGAUACCCUGGUCCACAGGGGGGACGUUCUGGAUGGUAUAUACUUCAUCUCCAGGGGCUCUAUAGAAAUCCUCAAAGAUGAUAUAGUUAUGGCUAUAUUAGGUAAAGAUGAUGUUUUUGGGGAAGAUGUUUGUGCCCACUCUUUAGCAGGGAAGUCAAGUUGUAAUGUCCGUGCCCUUACUUACUGUGAUCUACACAAAAUAAUGAGAGAAGACAUCUUGGAAAUUCUAGAAAUGUAUCCAGAGUUUGGUCAUACAUUUUCCAAAAAUCUCCAGAUAACCUUUAACCUCAGAGAUGAUGCGCUAGGUUUGUCAUCACCAGAGGACAAUGAUGACCGCAUGAGUUUCUACACCGAGGUGGAUGCGGGCGGAGACCUUCCCAAAGCCACCGACCACCUUAGCCAUCUGAAAAAGAGGCCUUCCACUGUUUCUCAACUAUCUCAGUCCCAUUCACAAUCAAAUCGUCAAUUAACAGGAACCAGGGCUUUGCCUUACCAUGGUCCAAAGCACACGGGGAGAGACCGAGGGCACAAAACUGAGCAGAGUCACAGCCUCACACUCACCAGUGACUUUGACGAUGAUGAAGAUGUCAUGACGAGAGGAAGUGGUGUCGGCAUUCUGGAGUUUUCUCCUGAGAAAGCAGGCAUGGAUGUGACCCCUGCUAAUUUUGAUUUUCAAAAAGAGGAUCACCACAAAAGAAAACAUGGCGCCCACACGGGGCCGCUGAGUUCUAUCACAGGCAAGCUACGUCGCAGUAUCACUGAUUUACGCGCAGGUGGCGGCAAACAUGGCGGCCAUUAUUCUGUGUUCGGUGCUUUGUCCGGGGUCAACAAUCUGAUGCAAGGUGUCACCACUGGCAAGAGUUUCCAAGAUGAGCCAGAGUCUACACCACUGUUGGGCACCACAGAGGCCAGAGAUACUAGAGAGAAUAGUCCACAGAGAGAACAGAGCCCUCAGCAGCCUCCAACAACCUCUAGCUCCAGUGCUGCCUGCAAGUCAACGUCCAGCAUGACCAUACCUGUGUCCAGCCCCUCAAGCCAAUCACAGUUUGACGAUGCCACCCAGGUGCCACGCCCACAGAUUGUCAUUGACCGCUACGCCUCGCGAGAUGACAUGGGCGGGAAUGUGGCCGUUGAGUCGAGACUAGAUGACCUGUCAAGGCAGUUAACCAGGCUAGAGGGAAAGAUGGCAGCGGACAUUUCCAUGAUUCUAGACAUACUAAGGAGCCAGAGUGCUUCAGGGAUUAUCUCUGCUCCCCCUGGUUACCCAGAAUAUAUUACAGACAGUUCCAACACAGGUCAAGGUUCUGACCCUCCUGCCUCUCAAGGUCACCCGGGAUAUCUUACAGACAGUUCCAAAAGUACAGAACAGUCCCAGAAAUCUGGUGCUGGUGAUAUUAAAAGUGCAACUGACUUAGAUUAUACUGUAGAUCAAGGACACUCAAGGAUGCAAACGCACGGAGGUCAAGGUCAUGCAUCUCAAGGUCAUAUAAGUUCUUUGUCUUCAGAUGAGCAUUUAGAUAGUGAUAGUCAUUCAAAUGUUCAAGGUCAAGGUCAGGAUCUACUAGAUAACAGUGCAAUACAAGGGACCAGUGCUCUUAGUGCCGGAAGUUUAGAAAAGAAGCAGACAGGAAGCUCUGACGAAAGCAAAACACCGAUCGAUUUACUGGCAGGUGUUUCAGAGGUAGCAGCACCCCAACCUUACCAGCAUGUGACAGGUUCUUCACCAACAUCUCCAUCAGAUUCUCAAUCAGUCAUCAGUUCAGACAUUCCAACCCCCUUGGGUCAGGAGGACAGUCUAGAGGAAGACAGGGAUGGUACUUUUAAACCCAGGAGACAGAAAUCGACAUAAGGAUUUGUGUGUGUUGUGGAAAUGGCUCCACUGCUCCCAAGAUUGUAAGGUAUACUUGAGGACACAGAGCUCACUUUGGCUAUGGUGUUUAUGUGCCUAUUGGGAGUUGAAGAGCCAGUGGUUUUUACAGGGAUUGGCAUCCAACAUAUUUGAGGCACCAUCAGGAUGGACUUUCAGGGAUGACUGGACCCAGCUUAGUUUGAUUAGCCAUUGACAUUGAGAGGGUGCCCCCAAGGGCUGAAAUACAUUCAAGGAGGGGUGAUGGCUGAUUAGGCCUGUGUAUGUUGAAAAGAAGACUGGCAGCUUGCUUGUGCCUGACUGUCACUAAAUUAUAUAAGAGCGAGUUCUGAUUUGAGGAAAUGACAUGGCAAGGAGAACAUGGAACUUGUUCAGGAUGUACAAGAAUUAUGUCUGAAUUUUCUUAAAGGCGGAUGAUUGGAAAUUUCUAGAAAGGUGAUCUUGUUAUUAAAUUUAGAGACAAAAUGAAUGAAGGAGACAGUGUAGAAGCUGUGUAGACCUUGUUUGGAAUGUUUCAGAAGGCAGCCAGAUUGUUUUUGAAGGGCAAUUUUUGGAACGUAAAUGGGAAGCAGGUUUGAUUGAUUUGUAUGGUUCUCAAAUGACUGUCAUCCUUGAACAACCAUUGACUGGAAUUGAAGAAUGGAAGUGCAUUUUAGUCAGCUAAGUCUUAGUA